AUGAAGUCGUUUACGAUUUACAUUGUUCUCAUUUACGGGAUUCAACGCGGAGGAUGUCGAGAUGAAGAAAAAAUCAGCAAAGGUUGCUACUGGCCGAAUGAGGUUUACGAGCCGUGUUUCGGGGGAUGCGCGGAGGUGUCGUGCGACAACCCCCGAAACCACAUGCGCCCCUGCUACCCCUACUGCGAGCCAGGUUGCGUGUGUGGCGACCCUUACGUCAGGGAUGACCGUACACACCAGUGUGUGCUGCCACAAGACUGUUCCCCAACUCAAAUGGGAAUACCAGUGCCAAGUAAGAGAGUAGCGAAGCCCCCAGCGCCGAAGUACGCCCCGCCAGCAAAAACACCGAGGAAUCAUGGAAAGCGUGACGAAGUUCAGGAUAUGGAAGAAGGAGGACCUGCAAACAACCACAUGGAAGAUUUCAAGCGAGGAAACGAAGUGUCCCGUAUGGGGAAUUACUUCAACAUCGUGAUCGCACCACCUCCCAUCAAAGCUCUACAGCCGAGGAAAUUACUCCACAAAGAUAACUUCAGGUCACCGAUUAAACAAAUAAAUUAA